UGUAUGGCUGCACUUGAGGAAAAGUCAAGAGUCAGACAAGAAAAGUUCAGAGAGUCAUUAUCUGAAGGAAAGGUGUAGAGGCUGCCUUAAAGCUGCCCACAGCUUUCCCCACUCAUUACUGUAGUCUUCGGACAGUCGACGUCACAAUGAGCGCCUCUGUGGCCGUGUACCGGAGCAUCUUCACAGAAGACCGCUUCAAACAAGCCUACGGUUCCGAAGAGGACAACACCAGUGUAAGUUUGAGGCUCCGGGACAAGCUGGCGGUGAGGUGCAGGUGUUCACAGCGGGCAUGCCUUCACUUGCUGCGGGAGAGAGUUCCUAUUUUCGACUGGCUGCCCAGGUACCGCUUCAAGAAAUGCAUUUUAGGGGAUACAGUUGCUGGACUGACAGUGGGCGUCCUCCACAUCCCACAAGGAAUGGCCUUUGCACUGCUCACAUCUGUAGCUCCUAUAUUUGGUCUCUACACGUCUUUCUUCCCUGUGGUCCUCUACAUGAUUUUUGGCACUGGGCGACACGUAUCCACUGGUACGUUCGCUGUGGUGAGUUUAAUGACUGGCUCUGUGGUAGAGCAGCUGGUCCCCACUCCGCUGGAGAUGAACUCCAGUUCAUCAGAAUCGUCUGAUUUUGAGCUCCAGAAAAUUGGAGUGGCCUCAGCUGUCGCCCUUCUUUCAGGAAUUAUUAUGCUCUGUAUGUUUGGUCUUCAGCUUGGCUUCCUCUCCACCUAUCUGUCAGAGCCAAUUGUUAAAGCUUUCACGAGCGCUGCUGCCUUCCAUGUAACUGUCUCACAGCUGCAAAGCAUGCUGGGGCUGCGCCUCCCUCGCCACACGGGGACUUUCUCCCUCUUUAAGACUUUAGGGUCUGUGUUGGAGAACUUGCCUCAGACCAACACGGCGGACCUGCUGAUCUCCUUGGUGUGUUUGGCGGUUUUGGUUCCGGUGAAAGAGAUCAACACACACUACCGACAGCGCUUGCGUACGCCUAUCCCUGUGGAGAUCCUCACAGUGAUCAUUGCCACCGGUGUUGCCUAUGCCUUCUGCCUGGACUCAAUCUAUGAGAUUGAAAUUGUUGGCCACAUUCCAGCAGGCUUCCCAAAGCCAAGGCUGCCUGCUUUGAACACUUUACCUCACAUUGCUGGAGACACGGUUGCCAUCACAUUUGUUGGCUACGCUGUGUCUGUCUCACUGGCAAUGAUCUAUGCUGAUAAACACGGAUAUUCCAUAAAUCCCAACCAGGAGCUGCUGGCUCAUGGUAUCUCCAACACCGUGUCUUCCUUUUUCACGUGCUUCCCAAGUUCAGCCACUCUGGCCACCACAAACAUACUGGAGAGUGCAGGGGGAUACACACAGUUUUCUGGUCUGUUUACCAGUAUAGUUGUUCUAAUUGUUCUGCUGCUGAUUGGACCGCUGUUCCACUUCCUACCGAAGGCAGUCCUGGCAUGCAUCAACGUGACCAGCCUGAGGCAGAUGUUCUUACAGUUUCAGGACUUACCAGAACUGUGGAGAAUCAGCAAGAUUGACUUUAUGGUUUGGGUGGUAACAUGGCUGUCUGUGGUGGUUCUCAAUGUGGAUCUUGGUUUAGCCAUUGGGGUGGUGUUCUCAAUGAUGACUGUCAUCUGUCGCACACAAAGGGCUGGAUGUUCUGUGCUUGGUCGGGCCAGUAACACAGAAAUUUACAGACCUGUGGAGAAUCACAGUAAGUGCUAUGAGGUGCCAGGGAUAAAGAUCCUGACAUACAAUGGGCCUAUUUACUACGGAAACCGUAGCUUUUUCAAGGAGGAGAUGAGCAAGUUGUUGGGCCUGACGCCAGAAAAGAUCCGCAGUCGAGAAAAGGAGAGAAAAGCUCUGGAGAAGCGUGAAGGACAGACCAUCGUCAACACAGUGGAGAGAGGCAUAGAAAACGCAUGUUUUUCUUCAGAAAAUGAGUUCUUUAAAUCGGAAACAUCUGAGAGUGAAGUCCAGGCAGUUCUAAUUGACUGCAGCAGUGUGGUAUUUGUUGAUGUUGCCGGAGCAAGACUGUUUACUCAGAUGUGCAUCGAAUGCCAGAAAGUUGGAGUUCACGUGUACAUGUCCAACUGUAAUGAGAGCGUUCUAAAGAUCCUCACAUCAAGCGGCCUCAUGAACCACAUGAAGCCUCAGCAUAUUUUUGUGACUGUACACGAUGCUGUCAUGUACAUCCAGCAGCAGAAGGAAAAACAUCCUGAUAACACCACAACUGUUUGGGUAUGAGGCAGAUGCAGUGAUGAGAAGUCAUCAACCAAGUAUUUGGGACCCAAAUAUUCUAUUUGGUUAUUCCUCAGAGAUUGCAAUGUGUACUUGUGUUUCCAAGAUGCAGUAGCCUGUUGUAGCAUUAUUGAGGCUUUACAGUGUUACCCCUUUUUAUGCAUGGUAUGGUUUAUUUGUUUCAGACAUUAAGGAGCAUCACGUGGUUACGUUUGCACAGUUCAACAUGCCCGAAAAGGAGUAGGAAGAAGCUGAGUGUAUUUAACACCACUUUUUUUCUUUUACUUACCGUAUUUUUCGGAUUAUAAAUUGCAGUUUUUUUCAUAGUUUGGCCGUGGGUGCGACAUAUACUCCGGAGCGACUUAUGUGUGAAAUUAUUAACACAUUACCGUAAAAUAUCAAAUAAUAUUAUUUAUCUCAUUCACGUAAGAGAUGAAGCAAAUGGCAGCCAUCAUCACACACACACGUCAGCAAUCGUCACUCACACGUCAACCAAUAAGAAUUCGGCGGGGGAGGGUCAUGGCAGAAGUGCAUUGUGGGUCAUAGGAUGCUAACUGCUAUAUGCUACUGCCGUAGCUAUUAAAAUGGAUCACAUCAACAUUGGCGGUAACUUAUAAAAACUGAGAAGGGCUGAACAAAAAUGGCACCGAAAAGGAAAUCAUAUACUGCAGAUUACAAGCUGGACGUAGUGAAAUAUGCAGCAGAGAACGGCAAUCGAGCAACAGAAAGAAAAGAAACGGCGCACACCAGAGGCGACAUUGGGGAGUAAGAUUUCAUCGGAUUUAGCGAUCGGGAGUGACAGAUUGUUUGGUAAACGUAUAGCAUGUUCUAUGUGUUAUAGUUAUUUGAAUGACUCUUGCCAUGAUGUGUUGCGUUAACAUACCAGGCACGUUCUCAGUUGGUUAUUUGUGCGUCACAUAAUGUACACUUCUGUGAUGAGGUGGCGACUUGUCUAGGGUGUACCCCGCCUUCCGCCCGAUUGUAGCUGAGAUAGGCUCCAGCGCCCCCCGCGACCCCAAAGGGAAUAAGCGGUAGAAAAUGGAUGGAUAACGUACACUUAUUCAGCUUGUUGUUCACUAUUCUUUAUUUAUUUUAAAUUGCCUUUCAAAUGUCUAUUCUUGGUGUUGGAUUUUAUCAAAUACAUUUCCCCCAAAAAUGCGACUUAUACUCCAGUGCAACUUAUAUGUGUUUUUUCCCGUCUUUAUUGUGCAUUUUCGGCCGGUGCGACUUAUACUCCGGAGCGAUUUAUAGUCCGAAAAAUACGGUAAUAGUUCACGCACACCAUAUCUUCUACAGUACGUACAAUAUUUAGUCUGCUUACAUUUUGUCAUUUACAUUUUGUUUACUUCCUGUGUGAAAGGAAGGGAAUGUGUGGAGAUGUAAGCAUACUGUCACAUAUGCUGGAAUUUUUGAAGAGAAUAUUAUUUGAUUGCAAUGCAGAGAUAAAUAUGCUGAGAAGUGCACUGUACCCUAUUUAUACAUGUUUAAUGUGUUCAUGGCAUGCCAUCUAAUACUUUUUGGUAUUUGUCUGCAGCUGUCCCAGUGGCUGUUUUAAUAUUAAAGAUAUUUCUAUUUAAGUUUUGUAAAUCUAGACUUUAUUAAAAGAGAGAGCAAAAGAGAUAGAGAGUGAAAGAUGUCUGCUGUUUGUUACUUUUCAUUACAGUUCUGUAAAGGUUGGAAUGUAAGGCAUGCUGGACUAAAAUGUGAAGAUGAGUACAGUCUGUGUUCUCUGGGCUACAAGAGACCACUGCAUUGCGAUGUAUUAAACACAGGCUUUAAAGGGGAACGGCACUUUUUUUUUGGAAUGUUGCCUAUCGUUCACAAUCACUAUGACAACAUGUCUUUUUUUUCAGAUUCAUAAAGAUGAUAAAAAAUGCUUGCAAAAUGCAGCUAAUGGGAGUCACCGUGGUAACCUUCACAACCCUUCAUCAACGUUUUACAGUAUAUACACACUGCAAGUAUAUACAAACCCCGUUUCCAUAUGAGUUGGGAAAUUGUGUUAGAUGUAAAUAUAAACGAAAUACAAUGAUUUGCAAAUCC